GCUGGGCGGAGCUGGCCAGGGGAAGGAAGGAGCUGCAGCAGAAACGAGUCGGCUGAGCUCAGAUUCGCAGGAGCUGCCGAGUCUUGGAUGGUGGGAGAAGAUGGUGCAUCUCUAUCACUUUUUGCUGAUCCCCACUCGCCUGACCCUUAAAGCCUCUACAAUCUUGUACCGGCUAGGCGUGUGUAGUAUUGCUUGCCUCACUGCAGCCUUCUACUCUUUGUGGGUGCUAUAUUUGAUACUGACAAAGGGGCCUUGGGUGGUCUUCCGUAAAAUGAGGCAUGAUGUACCGCCAAGCUGCCUCACGGACACAUCCUGUGGGGAGCACCGCUAUUUGAAACUUCGGAACUCAGGACUGAGGCUCCACUACGUUGUAGCUGGCCAGGAAGGGGCACAGUUGAUGCUUUUCUUGCAUGGAUUUCCCCAGAAUUGGUUUGCCUGGCGCCAUCAAUUGAAGGAGUUUAGGCAGGCAUUUAAGGUGGUGGCAGUCGAUUUGCGAGGUUAUGGCUUCUCUGAUGCACCAGCUGGCUCUGAGCACUAUCGAAGAGAUCUUUUAUUGGAGGAUAUACAAGGGAUCAUUGAGGCACUGGGCACUGAUGAGAAGAAUGCAUUUACUAAAUGCAUCUUGGUAGGGCAUGACUGGGGUGGAACCAUUGCUUGGGAGUUUGCUGCCAGUUUCCCCAGUAUGGUGGAGAAGUUGAUUGUCCUGAAUGGUGUUCAGUUCCAUGUCUUGUCAGAGUAUCUUGCACAACAUCCUCACCAGAUGCUGCGGUCCAACUACAUGUUCCUGUUUCAGCUUCCCAAACUGCCUGAGUUCCUGUGGUCCUGUUAUGAUUUCCAUAUUCUAAAAAGUACAAUGACUAGCAAGAAGGGAGGAAUUCAGAAUCCAGCACAUCAUCACACAGGGGAGGAGACAGAUGCAUAUCUCUAUGGACUCUCGAAGCUUGGAGGGUUAACUCCACCCAUGAAUUACUACAGGAACAAGUCCAGCUGGGUUCCUGCAAAGCGCAAGGAUAUACUGGUGCCCACCCUGCUGAUCUGGGGAGAAAAAGAUAUAUACUUGGAAAAAGGACUUGUCCCACUUGCACAGCAGUAUGUCCGCAAGAGCGUCCAGGUGCAUUGCAUCCCUGAAGCUAGCCACUGGGUUAGUGAGGAUCAGCCUGAGAAAGUCAAUCAGUUGAUGUGGCAUUUCCUCUGCGAGAGAGAAUAAGAAUAAGGACGAGCCGACUGCUUGGUACACAGAAAGAUCCCUUCUUCUCUGCUCACAUCCUCUGAAAAUGUUUCCGCUCCAUACCAGAGCCUGAAUCCAAUGGAACUGAUCUUGCCACCCGACACUUGUUCUCUACGGAGGAUCUCUUCAGAGUUUCCGGCAUGGGGCUUCCUGAUGACAGAACCGGAAGGAUGCUGUGCUCUACAAUAGUUGAUCUAGCUCUGUAUUAUGAGGCUGCAAUACCUGUGGAAGAAGACGACUUUCCUUUCAUACUUCUCCGGUUCUGUAUACCUUGCCACAGAUGUUUUUCAGACUGCAGCCACCUUUCGUGUUUUCACCACUGUUGUGACAGUUCUAAUUAUGUUAUCAGUGAGAUCAGUUCAUACUGA